AGCUGUUAAUACCGAAUUGUCAGACAUUCCAGAUCUGAGUGUAGUUCAUUUCAGUUUUAAUAAUCAAAUGUCUAACCUUAAGUCUGUUUUCACUGUGUAGGCUAGGUUAGUACCCGGAUAGAUGACUCUUACAGGCACAGAUAGUCAGAAUACUUUGGAUCGGGAGCCGAAUCUACCUUGUUUGGAUAUAGUUGAUGGAGAUGGAGAAGACUACUUCAAUAUAUGUGUUCCUCUGAGUAGAGCAUCACUCAGUGGCAAUUGGGAAGCUGCUAAGGUCAUUCUUGAUAAACGCCCAGAGUUGGUAUCGUUUGCCAUCACUGAAUGUUACGAUACACCACUUCAUGUUGCAGCUUUAGGAGAAGAAACAAAGCAGAUGCUAGAUUUAGUCAAAAAUUUAAUGCUAAGAAUGGGAAAUCAGGACUUAGAACUCGAAAAUAAUCUUUCCAGUACUGCUCUUGUUUUAGCAGCUGCCACAGGAAAGAUCAAAAUGGUUAAGAUUUUGGUGAAUCAAAAUAUCAAUCUGCUGAACAUACCUAAUGGUAAUGGUCUUUUACCAUUGCAAAUUGCUGCUCAAUAUGGGAGACGUAAAAUAGUGAAGUUUCUGUAUGGUGCUUCUCGGAGGUUGUCUGAUUAUAGUUGGACACAUGAAAAGCGGAGUUGGCUAGUAGAGAAGUGUGCAGAGUGUGACUUAUUUGGUGUCGCACUGAAAAUUGUGAAGGAUCGUCCAGAACUCGCUUCAAAUGCACUUGUAAUGCGAGCCUUGGCUCGAAAGUCUGUAGCAUUGAAUAGAGCAGAACCAAAUUUUAUCUUGAAAAUUAUAAAAUCAAUUUUUAGAGCUAUAAAGAUAAAGGUGGGGGCUGCAGAUGAAGAUGAUACGAAAGAUGCGGUCGAAUUACUAAAAACUGUUUGGAAAGAGAUUAUCAGAACAGUGCCAAAGAAUGAAAUCAUUAUAAGGAUUGCGAAUUCAGGGGCGUUAUUUGUUGCUGCAGAAAAAGGAAACACCAGAUUUAUAGUUGAGCUACUUCGAGCCUUUCCAGGUCUGAUAUGGUCAAAAAAUAUCGAAUCUCAUACUAUAUUUCAUGUUGCUGUUUUGAAUCGUCAGCAAGAUAUUUACAACCUAUUAUACGAGAUAGCCUCACUAAAAGAUGUUUUAGUCGCUACCCCGGAUAAAGAUGGCAACAAUAUUCUACAUUUAGUCGGGCUGAGUUCACAGAAGAUGAGAUCUAAGGUAUCUGGAGCAUCUCUCCUAAUGCAACGAGAAUUAUUGUGGUACAAGGAGGUAGAGAAGUUGCUGCCACCUCCUUUAAGAGAAGCGACAAACAAGGCUGGCAAGACGCCACAUGAGAUAUUCUCCAAAGAGAAUGAGGAUCUUGUUUCCAAAGGUCUAAUUUGGAUGAAAGAAGAUUGUAUAGUUGUCGCAGCGCUGAUAGUCACUGUAGCAAUGACAGUUGCUUUUACAGUUCCUGGUGGUUAUGUCCAAGACCAUGGAAAUCCUAUCUUCAUUCAUAAACGCAGCUUCAUAGUUUUUGUAAUUGCAGAUGCCGUUUGUUUAUUCUCUUCCUCAACUUCACUCUUGGUUUUGUUGUCAAUGCUCACAUCUCGUUAUGGUCAACGAGAUUUCUUAUCCUCUGUCCCACGAAAGGUGAUGCUAGGCCUAACAACACUUUUCAUAUCCGUAGCUGCCUUGAUGGUGACUUUUAGUGCUAGCUUCUUCGUUCUGUAUCAUAAUGGGUUGAAAUGGGUACCAAUCCUAAUUGCUAUAUUUGCUACUAUGCCAGUCAUGGUAUUUGCUGCAUUUCAAUUUCCUCUUUUGGUGGAUAUGUUUCGGUCUAGGUAUGAUUCUCAUUAUCUUUUCAAACCCAAAAAACGCGAUCUUUUCAUCCCAGAUCCUCCAAAAGGCUAAUUGUAACUUAGACUUUUUUGCUUUUUUUCUUUACAAUAACCAGAUCUUUCCUCUUUUGGGGCACUAGUUAUGGUGCAUUUAACUAGUUAGUAAAUCCCUUUUAUAAAUAACUUUUUAAUAGUUUGGCAUGUAUUACUGUAACAGUGUAUUUUUUA